UGUUCUUGACCUGUUAGUGUAUCUGCCUACCUAGUGUAGGGAAUCCUGCAAGAGGGAGGGAGGAUCCGAUCUUAGAAACACGAAACUGCAUGUGAUCGUGCGAAACACCACAGCCUCCCCUUCUCAACAUUGGACCAGACCACCAUAUUGAUACUUUUGACGUGAUCCCACUGACGACACUUUCGUCUCCGAAUAGAAACAAACUGCGCUGCGCAUCAUGUCUUCUCCGAACAAGUCCAACUCCCCGUCAGCUGCUGCAGAUGCUGAGCAGCCAGAAGAAAAGCCGCGCCUCACCGAGGCGGAGAAGAAGCAGAAUCACAUUGCUUCUGAACAGAAGCGACGCCAGGCCAUUCGUGAGGGCUUCGACCGUCUGACAGAGCUGGUGCCCGGUUUGGAGGGCCAGGGGCGCUCCGAGGGUCUCGUUCUAAAGAAGACUGUUGAGUUUAUGAAAGAGCAGCUCAGACAGCGCCAGGAGUUGGUGGAUCGCAUCGAGAGCACUGGCGGUGAGGUCGAUGAGAAGUACAAGCGGCCACUGUAUCACCAGCAGGCGAACAGCACCUCCAACAGGACCAGGUGACUUGUCAAGGAGCUGACGAAGGGUUGUUUCUUUUGACUUGCGUUGGGGUUCAAUUACGGAGUUGAGGUUCCCGGUGGAGAGAUACCUACGGCAUGGGCUGAGAAACGGCACUGUAUUGUCAGGCG